UGAAGCUUUUACAGUAAGAAGUGGGAAGCUGAAAUGGCUUCCAAGUCCAAGGGUUCAGGUCCCAGGUUCAAGCUCUUUGCCAUCUCUCUUCUCUCUGUGUCUCUCUCCCUUCUUAUUCUAACCUCAACUUUCCAGCCAAAAACUCACCACAUUGUGGUUCAUCACCUGCAAAAUCGAUUGCCUGGGGAAAUGUCCAACUGGGCAAUGGAUAUACCGAUGGAGCUGCCAAAGAAACUGUCCCCUCCAUGUGAUUUCAUUGGUAAAGUGUUCAAAAGGGAUGCCAAGAUAGGUCUAGUGAACAUAGAGGAAGGAGGAGAAGAAGAAGAAGAAUGGGCAGCAUUGGGAAGGACAAGUGUGGUACAGUUCGAUCAAGUGCAAGAAGAGAUACAGUGGAAGGACUUGUUCCCUGAAUGGAUAGAUGAAGAGGAGAAAUGGAGGCAACCCAAUUGUCCUGAGAUUCCAAUGCUGAAGUUCAAAGACUACGAAGAAUUUGAUGUUGUGGUGGCCAAAAUCCCCUGUGGAGAUGUAGUUCAGAAACAGGGCCAAGGGUUAAGGGAUGUUUUCAGGUUACAAGUCAAUUUAGUGGUUGCUAAUUUGGUAGUAAGGAGUGGUAGGAGAUACUAUGAUGACGGCGAUGAUGAUCGGACGGUGUACGUCGUGUUCAUUGGGUCUUGUGGACCCAUGUGGGAGAUCUUCAGGUGUGAUGAUCUCUUGAUACAUGAAGGUAACUCUUGGAUUUACAGACCUGAUUUGAGGAGACUAUUACAAAAGGUGCAUAUGCCUGUUGGAUCCUGCAAACUUGCUCUACCUCAUAUGAUACAAGGUGAAGGAAGAGUUAAUUAUGAUUUCUCAAAACUGUAUAACCCAAUAGAACAACCAAGAGAAGCUUAUGUAACAAUCCUGCAUUCAUCAGAAGCUUAUGUAUGUGGUGCCAUAGCUUUAGCCCAAAGCAUAAUCCAAACUGGUUCUUCCAAAGAUCUUGUCCUGCUAGCCGAUCAAUCCAUAAGCAAGAAAACCCGGCAAGCUCUUCGGACAUCUGGCUGGAAAAUCAAAAACAUCAAGCGAAUUCGAAACCCACUUGGCCGUAAAAAUGCAUACAACGAGUGGAACUACAGUAAGAUUCGGUUGUGGCAAUUAGUCGAAUAUGAUAAGGUCAUAUUCAUAGACUCCGAUUCGAUUGUUUUAAAGAACAUAGAUAAAUUUUUUGGUUCACCAGAGUUAUCAGCUGUGGGAAACGAUAAGUUUCUAUUCAACAGUGGGAUUAUGUUGAUCGAGCCAUCAAUGUGUGUGUUCAAGUUAUUGAUGAAGAAGAGACAUAAAUUGGUUUCUUAUAAUGGAGGAGAUCAAGGUUUUCUUAAUGAAGCUUUCACAUGGUGGCACCGUUGGCCUGCAAGAUUGAAUUAUUUGAAAGUGUUUAAUGGGUCGAGGGAGAAAGAUGAAACAGAGCAUGAUCAGGUGCUGGCGGAGAAUGUGUAUGGAAUCCAUUAUUUGGGGUUGAAACCAUGGAUGUGUUAUAGAGACUAUGAUUGUAACUGGGAUAGGUUGGAUUUUCAACGUUUUGGUAGUGACUCGAUUCAUAGUAGGUGGUGGGAAGUCUAUGAUGCAAUGCCUAAGAGGUUGCAGAAGUAUUGUGGUCUUACAGAGCGCAUGGAUGUUAGGAUCAACAAGUGGAGAAGUAGAGCACGGUUUGCUAAUUUGUCAGAUGGACACUGGGAGAUCCAAGUGAAAGACCCCAGACAGCGCCUUUGAUAUGUC